AUGUCACGAGCCAGAAGCAGAAGUCGGGCGCCAAGCACCAGAGCGCCCCUGAACUCAUCACCAAUUGUAGUGGAUAUCCCACGAAGCGGCGCAAAAUCGCCCCUCAUUGUCGAUGUACCCGCCACCCCGAGGACAAGAAGUAGGAGCAGGGGCAGAGUUGAGCCGGCCGUGGAUGCGCCUGGAUUGAGUGGCGGCAGAGGAAUGUUCAAGAGGCUGAUUGUUGCUUGUGACGGCACUUGGCUUAAUUCGGACGACGGAACCAAGAAUGGCACGCUUUCCAUCCCCAGCAACAUCACCCGGAUCUCACGAGCUAUCAAAGCAGUCAGCCAAGACGGAAUCCAGCAAAUUGUAAAUUAUCAACAAGGUCUCGGCACCGAAGGUGGAAAGAUUUCUCGUCUUGUUGGAGGCGGCACAGGCAAAGGCCUUGCUGAAGAUGUUCGGGAAGCGUACUCAUUCCUUGCAAAUAACUAUCAUCCAGGAGACGAAAUUUUCCUACUCGGAUUUUCCAGAGGCGCCUUCACUGCACGCAGUAUUGGUGGAUUGAUUGGAGAAAUAGGUCUCCUUACCAAAAAAGGAUUGAAUACUUUACCAGAAGUAUAUGAAGACGUCCAAAACCGAAGGAACGAGGACUACCGGCCAAAACACGAAGACAUUCCAUUUCCACGGAAACCAAGCGCCGGGGAUCCACGAUAUGCGGAAGAGUUGGAACGCCGGGGCCUGACCAGACUCGACAUUCCGAUCAAAUGCAUUGCCGUAUGGGAUACAGUCGGAAGCCUUGGAAUACCCAGAAUUGGCAUACUGCAGCGUGCAGGUCUGCAGUCGAAGCAAUCAAAAGCAACCACGUUUUACGACACCAAACUUUCCAAUUGUGUGGAAAAUGCAUUCCAGGCUCUUGCUCUGGACGAGACUCGGUCGUCAUUUGCACCUGCUAUCUGGGAAAAGCCCGAGGGUAACCGCACCACGCUCCGCCAAGUGUGGUUUCCAGGUGCGCACGCAAACGUAGGAGGCGGUUAUGAUGAUAUGCAGAUUGCCAAUAUUAGUCUUGCGUGGAUGAUGAGCCAGCUGGAGCCAUUUUUGGAUAUGCGAGGCGAAUAUUUGUUCGAGCAGGAUGACCUCAAUGAGAAGUACUACAAGAAAGAAGAGGGUGCCAUCCGGCCAUGGAGUUUUGGUAAAAUCUACAGCGAGCUCAAGGGGGCUUUUGCACUUGGUGGAAGUUCUCAACGCAAACCUGGUCAAUACACUGCAGUCGACCCAUAUACGGGUCGGGCGACAGACCGACCUCUGCGACAGACCAACGAGUACAUUCAUCCCUCGGUCCGCACGCGAUUCCGCCUAGAAGGCCCUGGAGUGCAGGACCGGGGCUUGUACGAAGCGCGGGCACUGACAGACAGUUAUAAAUUGGUGGUUGACUACGGUUCGAACAACUCGCGCGCCGGUGACGCCGAAGUUUUCUGGAAGAUCAAGUGGAGAGAUGUCAACGCAGUCAAAGUGCUGCCGGAAGCACCCUUGUGGAGGCUGGAGCGAGAGCUCGCACGGCGGGAUCCGGCCACAUACGACUAUGUGAAGAAGCCACCAGCGACGAGCUCGACCAAGAGCAAGCGACGAGCGCCACGGCCAAUGUCAGCUGAUUUUUCAAACUCCAAAGUAGGUGGACUGGGCAGCCCUGUCUCGCCCCGAAAGAGUCGUAGAGAAACUUUCUCACCAAGAUCCACGUUUCCAGUUGACGACAAGCCCCCAGCGCGGAGGAGCAGUACGAAGAUGGACCGAGCGCGGAGUCGCAGCCGCGCGCGGAGUGUUGAAUUUGCCAGCGAUCGCGAAACGGAUAUCCGAGAAAGUAUGCCACAUCGUCGGGAGAAGGACAAGGCAUGGUGGGAAGGCAAAAGAUAA